AUGGCCCGUUGAUUGAUGAUUGGCAUACCAAUCGCAGCAGUAGCGGCGGCGGCGGUGCUAGUUCUGGUCUGUCUCUUCGCGCGGGCGGCCGGCAGCGGGAGGAGGGCGGCGGGUGCAGGGGUCAGCGGCGAGGCGUUAGGUGGAGGCGAGCGGAUCGGAGGGGCAGAUCACGACGCGGGGUGCUGUAGCCGCUGCCGCGACAGGGAAAUGAGCCUGCGGAGCUGCCCGGCCGGGGACGCUGCGCCGGACGGGACGGCGGAGGAGUUGCUGGAGCGGGCGCGCGGGCUCGUGCCGGCCGCGCUGGAGGCGGCGCGCGCGGCGACGGGGUUCGGCGGGAGGUGGAAGGCCAUCGCGGCCAGGCUGGAGAGGGUGCCGCCGUGCCUCUCGGACCUGUCCAGCCACCCCUGCUUCUCCAAGAACGCGCUCUGCCGGGAGCUGCUGCAGUCCGUGGCCGCCACCCUCGCCGAGGCGGCCGAGCUGGGCGCGCUCUGUCGUGAGCCGCCCAAGGCUGGGAAGCUGCAGAUGCAGAGCAACCUCGACGCGCUCGCCGGGAAGCUGGACCUUAACCUCCGGGACUGCGGGCUGCUCGUCAAGACUGGCGUGCUGUCCGACGCAACGGUUCCGGCCCCUUCUGCCGAGGCGGUGUCGACGGCAGCGGCCUCGCAGACGGACGUGCGGGAGCUGCUUGCUCGGCUGCAGAUUGGGCACGCCGAGGCGAAGAACCGGGCUGUGGACGGCCUCCUGGAUGCCCUGCGCGAGGACGAGAAGAGCGUGCUGUCGGCGCUGGGCCGCGGCAACGUGUCCGCGCUGGUGCAGCUGCUCACCGCGACGGCGCCCAAGGUCAGGGAGAAGGCCGCAACCGUCCUCUGCCUGCUCGCCGAGUCCGGCAGCUGCGAGGGCUUGCUCGUGUCUGAGGGCGCGCUGCCGCCCCUCAUCCGGCUGGCGGAGUCGGGGAGCCUAGUGGGCAGGGAGAAGGCAGUCAUCACUCUACAGCGGCUGUCCAUGUCGCCCGAGAUCGCCCGCGCGAUCGUCGGCCACAGCGGCGUGCGUCCGCUCAUCGAAAUCUGCCAGACCGGGGACUCCAUCUCCCAGUCCGCGGCGGCCGGCGCGCUCAAGAACCUCUCCGCGGUGCCGGAGACGCGGCAGGCGCUGGCCGAGGAGGGCAUCGUGCGCGUCAUGAUCGGCCUGCUCGACCGCGGCGUCGUGCUGGGGUCCAAGGAGUACGCCGCGGAGUGCCUGCAGAACUUCACGUCCAGCAACGACGGGCUGCGGCGCGCCGUGGUCGCCGAGGGCGCGCUGCCCAGCCUGCUGGCCUACCUCGACGGACCGCUGCCGCAGGAGCCCGCCGUGGGCGCGCUCCGCAACCUCGUGUCCGCAGUCUCGCAGGACAACCUCGUGACGCUCGGUGUGCUCCCGCGGCUCGCGCACGUGCUCCGGGACGGCUCUGUCGGCGCGCAGCAGGCGGCCGCCGCGGCCAUCUGCAGGAUCUCCAGCUCCCCCGAGAUGAAGCGCCUGGUGGGCGACCAUGGCUCCAUGCCGCUGCUGGUCCGGCUGCUGGAGGCCAAGUCGAACGGCGCGCGCGAGGUGGCCGCGCAGGCGACGGCGACCCUGAUGAGCUGCCCGGCGAACGCGAGGGACGUGAAGAAGGACGAGAAGAGCGUGCCGAACCUGGUGCAGCUGCUCGAUCCGAGCCCCGGGAACACGGCCAAGAAGUACGCCAUCUCCUGCCUCCUGUCGCUGUCGGCGAGCAAGAGGUGCAAGAAACUCAUGAUCGCGCACGGCGCCAUUGGGUACCUGAAGAAGCUCUCCGAGAUGGACGUCGCCGGCGCCAAGAAGCUGCUCGAGAAGCUGGAGCGCGGCAAGUUGCGCAACCUCUUCACUAGGAAGUAAAAAAGCUGGAGCCUUCUGUUUUGCCGUAACCUGUAAAGAAAAUUCGCCGUCCUGUGUUCAUAGUCUCUAUGAAGGCAGUGCUGAGAGUACUGUUGCCAUCAUCUGAAACUAAACAUACCGCGCUGUAGUAUCGCUGGUUAAUGUGUAUGUCGCUAUGUUAAGCAGUUCAUGCAUUAGACCUUAACUUAGGCUGAAGUGAACUCCUGAUGCCAAUAAAGUAAUAUUCAGUCAA